GUGAGCUUGAACACUUCAAGGUGCUCGGGCCCAGAGCUCAUUUUCAAUUUUGCCACCACCAACCCUUCCUCAUGCUCUCGACGCUCGUCCGCAAGCACGACAACGGCUUCCACAAGAUCAUGGAGUCCAACGUGCUCCGCUUCUGGACUAUGUACGCGCCCGGCGCCACCGUCGGCGAAGCACCCGCGUUUGAUUUGCUCUUGCUCUUGCUCUACUUGACGCUGCAUGGCAACGACACGGCGCCGGGCGUGCCCUCUGGCUCGCGGGACACGUCGUGGACGUUCGAGGUCGUCGGCCAUUUCACCCACCUCGUCUGCCGGGCGCACGGCAGCGUGUGGCGCUUCGCGGUCUACACGCCGACGGCGAAAUCGUUCACUCUCUUCAACGUCUCGAUGCGCAUCGACGACGUGCUCAAGACGGUCGAUCUCGCGGGCGUCGUGCUGGUUUCGGGGGCGUCGCUCAAUGCGACGGGCGUGGACGUCGACAUCCCGAGUCUCAUUUUUGACGGGCGGAUGUUUGCCACCAAGCUUGACGCGCUUCGAGACGACGCUGCGACGGCGACGGCCAUCGCGACGACCAUGGCGACGAUCCUCGCGGCGCUCCCCGCGGGCUUCAAGGCCUGCACGUUCGUGCGGACUGGGGCGCACGUCGGCAAGGGCAUCGUCUGUUCGCCCUUCGCCCGGGACUUUGAAGACGCGCUCAAGCCCGUCGGCGGCGAAGGCACGGUCGUUGUCCAGGGUGACGGCCACGCGACCAAGAUCGAGUCGGCCUCCAAGAAGCGCAAGCUUACAGACGACGACACGGCGGCCAAGACCAACGACGAGCUGGUCAAGAUCAUGUCGCAGCAGCUCCAAGACCUUUUGGCCGAGACCAAGGAGCUGCGCAACGACAACAAGGAGCUGCGCAACGAUAACAAGGAGCUGCGCAGUGACAACAAGGAGCUGCGCGACCAGACCAAGCCGGUUCCGGACGAUGGCCAACUGAAGGCGCUUGUGGCCGACAACGAGCAGCUUCGCAGCCAGGUGACGACACUUGCGGCCACACACGAGGUGCUUUCUAAGCAGUUCAAGACGCUCUCGGACGACAUGGAGCAGGUCCGCGGCCAGCUCAAGGCGCUCGGCGGUGCGCCGCCACUGCACCCCAAGACGCCGACGUCUUCACGCCCGUCGUCGUCGUCGGGCGCAUCGUCGACGAGCUCGACCUCUUCUGGUUUGUUGUCGUCGGGCCAGUUGUCGUCGAGCUCGUCGUCCUCUGGCGCGUCGUCUUCCUCUUCUGGUGCGUCUGCUCGUGACUCCGAGUCGCGCAACCCGUCCCCGGCGCCCGAGUCACGCAACCCGUCCCCGGCGCCCGUUUGCUCGAAAACCUUGGUCUGGAACAGCGCCUUGCAGUCGUUCCGCAGCCCGGUUGCCGUGCCUGCCACGAUUGCCGUCGACAACUGGAUCCCGACGCCGCAGUCGAGCUCCAGCUCGUCUUCGUAUGCCAGUUCCACGAUGAGCGCGACGCAGCCCACCGCCGAGAGCCCGGUUCGCCCGAUGGGCAACAUGCUCCACGUCUCGCCCGACGGCCCUUCGCCACCGACGCUAGUCUCGGCAACCACGCACAUCACGCCGGCCGUGCAACCGACGGCCGCUCGCAUGCUCCAGGUCGACGACAACGAAGAGGAGAUGAAGAACGAAGCGAUGCUCUAACUUCUAGUUUCGGAGGUUAAUCAUCUUCAUGAAACAUGCACAUUGAAUGCGA